CGAACAUCAUCCCGUUGCCACCAUUUUCUUCAUCCUUCCGACCUUCGCACGAUGUCUCGACAGGGCUCCGUCGCGAAUGCCGGCAACGCAACGGGCAACCCUGCGAAAGACGUCGUGGAGCAACAACACGGAGGUCCGCUCCAUUUCCCCGUCGAGGAUGAACUACAGCACUCCGAAUCGUUCAGACAGACGAUUGCUGGUGCCAAAGCGGCUACGGACAAGGAGCACAAGAUGACGCUGCUCCAGGGCAUUCGUUUGUACCCAAAGGCCAUCAUUUUUUCGGUCAUCAUCUCCACCUGCAUUGCCAUGGAAGGAUAUGAUGUUUCUUUGAUCAAUAAUUUCUACGGCUUCCCGAUGUUCAACAGAAAAUACGGCCGCUUGAUCAAGGAUGGCUCCUACCAAGUCCCCGCUCCGUGGCAAGCUGGUAUCUCCAAUGGUGCCAACGUCGGCGAAUUCUUCGGGUUGCUGAUCAACGGAUACGUCUCUGAGCGAUUCGGAUACCGCUACACUGUCAUCGCGUGUCUCGUGGCGAUCACCGGGUUCACCGCCAUCUUCUUCACCGCGCAGAGCGUGAAUGCUCUACUCGCCGCUGAAAUCCUUUGUGGCGUUCCAUGGGGUAUCUUCCAGACUUUGACCAUCACAUAUGCCAGUGAGGUCUGCCCUGUGGCUCUACGUGGAUAUUUGACUACUUACGUCAACAUUUGCUGGGGCUGGGGACAGCUCAUCGGCAUUGGUGUUCUCAAGUCCUUCCUGAACAACAACACCCAAUGGUCAUAUCGGAUUCCAUUCGCGCUUCAGUGGAUGUGGCCUCCAUGGUUGAUUGUCGGCAUCUGGCUCGCACCCGAGUCACCUUGGUGGCUCGUCCGUAAAGGAAAGAUCGAAGAGGCCAGGAAAGCCCUGCGCCGAAUCACAUCGAACAACCGGGAGACCAACUUCGACGUCGACGAAACGAUUGACAUGAUGAAGCACACGACCGCUCUCGAGGAGAAAAUCACCGCUGGCGCCGGCUACUUGGAUUGCUUCAAGGGCUCGGAUCUGCGCAGGACUGAGAUUGUGUGCGCCGUCUGGGCUAUGCAGAACCUGAGCGGCAACGCAUUCUCCAACUACAGCACCUACUUCUUAGAGCAAGCCGGCCUACCAGCCAGCACGAGCUACGACUUCGCCAUGGGCCAAUACGCCCUCAACAUCGUCGGCGUCUUCGGCGCCUGGAUACUCAUGACCUACUUCGGGCGGCGCAAAAUCUGGAUCGCCGGGCUCUGCGGCCUCUUCACCAUGCUCUUUGUCAUCGGCUUCCUCGGCUUGGUGUCCGACAAAAAGCAAGCCGGUCUGGCGACGGGCAGUCUGAUGAUUGUGUGGGCUUUCAUCUACCAAAUCACUGUUGGCAGUGUUGCUUAUUCGCUUGUGGCGGAGCUGUCGACUCGGCGCUUGCAGAUUAAGACUGUGGUGCUGGGACGGAUGUGUUAUAUUGUUGUGGGCAUUAUUACGUCGGUUUUGACGCCUUAUAUGCUUAAUCCUGGUGCUUGGGAUUGGUCGAACUACACCGGCUUUUUCUGGUGUGGGCUUUGCUUCUGCUGCAUUAUCUACUCGUACUUCCGAGUACCCGAACCACGCGGCAGGACCUUUGCCGAACUGGAUCUCCUCUUCGAACGCAAGGUGUCGGCGCGCAAGUUUGCCUCGACGGAAGUGGAUGUGUUCGAUGAGACGCUGAGCGAUGGGAGUUCGCUCACGGAGAAAGUCGAGAGUCGCAAUGAGCAUACGGAGAAGCAACUAUGAUUGACGGCGACGGAAGUCAGGAGAUCAGACUGUCAUGUCGAAGUUUCAGCGAGCAUU